UUUGUUCCUGACGUCUCGGCUCGACCCACUAGACGUCGAUACGUUCUUAAACCUGUAAUACCUUUUUAAGACGCACAUAACAAGAAGUUACAGAUCUUGAAACGAUGAGCUGGUGUGUUGUGACCCUUGUUGCUUGCGUGUCGGUCUUCCUAGGAGGUGUGAGCGGACAAACCGACUGUCCCAGUCAAUGCACAUGUUCAACAGGUCAGUUUAAGACGGUGGACUGCGACGCCAAAAACCUGACCAGCAUCCCCAGUCCGUUGCCUAGCAACGCCAUCAACAUUUUUCUUGGAAACAACGACAUUCGGGAGAUACCAACAGAUGCCUUUAACACCCUGUCCUCUGUGGAGAACCUGUACCUGAAUAACAACCCGCUGACCAGGCUGCCGCCCGACGCCUUCCGAGGCCUGACCGCCUUGCAGAAGUUAGACCUUGGGGAGUGUCAGAUCGCCACCAUAGAGGAUAACGCCUUCCGCGGCCUCACUGAGCUCACGGACCUGGUGCUGGACACCAACCAGAUCAAGAGUGUGUCCCUGUCAACAUUCCAAGGCCUGCGAAGCCUCGACUCCCUGAACCUGAGAAUGAACCAGCUGACGUCGCUUCCGGCGGAUGUGUUCGAGUCGACCCUUAACCUCCAAGACCUGAAGCUGUCCGGUAACCAAUGGGACUGCUCCGAUUGUACUCUCGCCUGGUUUCCCAGGUGGCUCUCCCUGACAGGCGUUUCUCUGGACGCGUCCAAGUGCGCCACCCCGUCUCUGUCCCAGGACAGUCUGGUGCGGAACGUCCUGGUGACAGAGUGCCCUGGUCUCGUCAGUUCGGCUGUCACCAUGGCAACGCCCCCAACAGCCGCCAUCUUGAUGUUUAUCACUGUGUUUUUCUUCUUGCUGUAAAUGUGACUCCGUUUAGUAUAUAGGGUCGACAUAGGCCUAUUUUAGUGUUUGAUAUAAUUCAAAUCAUCAACGUUGUGGAAUAAUGAGCUUGUAUUAUCCAAUACUGCAGAUGUCCAGCUUUCAAAAGGUAGCACGAUCGACUACGAUUUCUGACACGUUCUUGUGAAGUUGUCAUUACGUGCAUGUGUUAAAAUAGACUUUAUGAUAAGCAUCCUUUGAAAUAUAAAUCCCUAAUCCCUAAAUGUUGUUUUUCUUUGAGGUAAUUGUCCGAAUGUUAUAAUCAUGAAAUAAAGAUAAGCAUGCUCAUUCAAGAACUAGUAUAUGAGUGGAACAACCCAUGCACACUGCGUCAUGUCACUUCUGUACACUGACUCGUCUUAAUUUGUCUCGCACCGGGGUUCCGUUUUAGUUAUUUGUCUCACACCGGGGUUCCACAGAUGUCUGUACAUGAUAACACGUUAUGACAUUCAAAGCGUACAUGAUUAAUAUGCUGAAGUCACAUGAUUAAAUGCUGACUGGUGAAUUGAUUUGUUUCGGUAAAGAAUGUUCUAAAGCCUGGGAAUUUGUAGAUAAGUCGGCAAAAAUCGACUUUUCUAUUCCUUUCUGUUUGUGAACAAAUCCUCGAUACCUGCGUAACGUUACAGGUAUUAGAAUUUCUGUCACCGUAUUGGCCAAUGCUAUGUCCCUUCAUUACACGUAACACAUGGGCCU